ACAGCCGCUCCACUGCUUCUCUCGCCGCUGCUUUUAGCACCAGAGGAGUUUUCAGUUGCUCAUGGGCUCUGCAAACUUCUCCUGGCCCACACUUUCUCAAAAGGGGAAUCCUCUUCACUCAGGGUUCCCUUGCCAUUCUAUCCCCUGGAGACCCGGUUUUCCCCACUCACCGGAGACGCCGGAUUUUAAUGGUCCCCAGAGUAGUUCUUUUCAUCCCCUGGAAUCAGACUCACCGGUUGUUCAAGCCUCUCCAUCAGCUCCAGUUCCUGGCUGGGCCUUGUUGGGCUUGAACCCCAGCGGCUGGGUUUGCUGCCGCAGCCUUUGAUUUGCCACGGUCCCAGCCAACUCCUCCAGUUGUCCUGAUCACAGUGGGGUUUGCCAUGGCUCCUCCUGCUCUGUGAGGAUCCAUUGUGAAGUCUUCAUGAGAGAACACAGUGGGUGUCUCCUCAGUAACAUGCUUUACCAACUGGGCUUCAAAAAUGGUUCGACCGGGGCCGCAGCGACCAGGUCCAACAACCCGUCAAAACAUCGAGUCACAUCAAUUUCGUGUGCCACUGUACACUCCCCGGGCCGUGAUGAAGAGGCUUAUCGUGCUCAUCCUGUCGAGUGUUGUUGUCGCCUCAGUGCCUUCUACAGACUCCGAAACCUCCAACUCGAUUUUAUCUCUUCUGUCAGUGUCGGCGAAUAUGACGGGGUCUAAUGACACGUCGGGGCUAACCGCUUGUCUAAAACUUCCUUUGUCGGUUGCUGACCCAGUGUUAGAUCCCAUUGUAUAUCCACUAAAUGUUUCUGCUUGGUUUCAGGCGAGGAAUGGGGCUCCUCAAGAAGGUGCCAAUUUAACUUUUCCCAGUGCUAAGGGACCUUGCCACCAUACGUACUUUUGGUCUGUUAACAUAACCCUCAAUGCCAUGGGCCAAAAAGGCUUUUCCCGAAGUACCAUUGACCCAUCCUCAGGCAAACGCAGCACUCAGCAGCUGCUUGGUUCUGAGGUCCCAUGGGGAAUCCCAGGUGAAGGGGUAGAUUGGCAACGACCGGAUAACUCGCUUAGGUGGUACCCAAAAAAGGGUUGGUCACCACCCUGGUAUUUAGCCCUUCCGCCCGACCCCAGUCUGACCACAAUUGACCCCAAUGUUAAAACUUCAGGACCUCCACCUUUUGGGCCUUCUCCCUUGUUAACCCCAAACCCAAUCACAACCUGGAACGCUUCCUUGGCGGUAGACGUUUCAGAUAACACGAGCUGGUACUCGUAUUAUUACCCCAUCUUAAGAGCAGCCCGAAUUAGCCAGUGGUGCCAUAAUCUUUCAGCAGCAUCACCCAAUCCCAAUGCUGUCCCUGGUGAGUUGCACCCCAAAGCGUGGGCAGGGUCAGCCCGGUGUAAGACCAUAAGUACCCCAGCUCUUGUCGGGCUACUGUGGGCCUGUUCGGACGGGCACUUGUAUACAAUGCUCCCUGGCACCCUCUCAGGAGUACAAUGUUUUCUAGUUAUGGUUGUGUUAUGUCCACCAGUGUACGCCAGUACAGCGCGACUGCCUACUCCCAUGUUGCGCCACCGUAUGCGGCGGGGAGCCACUUGGAGUUCGCUUACCGAUGAAGGGCGAUCUAGUCAAGCUUUGCGAUGGAUCCUCGAAGGUACCUUCCUUUGGGGGGGGCUAAGCAUAGGUAAAGCCCGCAUAGCAAUCGCUCAGUUAGCAGAACAAGUCGAACACUUAGUUAACGACACUACUGAUAGCUUUGCUCUAAUUAACCAACAACUGCAAGCUACUUCACAAAUGACGAUGCAAAACCUUAGCAUUAGAUGCUCUUUUACUUAAAGAAGGCGGACUUUGUCAGUUUUUAAAUCUUUCCCUUGACCAUUGUUGUAUUGGUAUUCCCAAUGUGUCCUUCCUCUAGAACACCAAAUCACGUCGAUGCGGAAAAUCGCAGCAAGAACCAACAACGUUGCAGGACUAGGAAAGGGAUGGUUAGCCAAACUUUUCGGCUGGAUGGGAUGGGAUACAUCAUCUUGGUUAAUGCAUUUACUAACCCCGCUUAUUACCUUGUGCUUGCCAUUAAUUGCGAUAGCCAUUGUUGUAUGUUUAGGUUGUUGUAUUUUGCAGCUCAUAAAGAAACGGCUAAUGACGCUUUUUGCUUUUGUAUAUACCCGCUUGCCAGAAGAGAAACCCAAUUACAACGAAUACGAUGACGAGAACGAGCUAUAGCCAAAAGUAAGUGGUCACUUGCUGUGCCAUGGGCAAGGGGGCAUGUCACAGCCCAAUUAAUCAGUGCCCAUGUCACUAGCAAGAGAUACCAUUCAGACCAUCCUUAUUUCGCGCACAAUGAUCAACUAAGGGUUAAAAGAAAUCCUUGCCAGAAAUUCCUUGAAACAAGACCCUGGCGGAGAACUAUAAGUAAUUGGUCAGCUGAAAUAAAACCCUAGUGAAAACUGUAUAUAAUUGGUCAAGAAAAAGCUUAGGCCCCUCUCAUAUAUAACAGACAGGAAACCUGACCCACUACCUUGCAACCUGAUAGCACAAAGAACUGCUGCUUGCCAAAAAAUUAAAGAUUCCAUUUAGCAGUUCAUCAUUGGAUAUCUCCGUUAGAUACCUCUGUCUAUAAAUAGUUUAGCAGCUUCCGCCCAAGGCAGAGGACUCUGGGGGAAUCUCUGAGGAGAAACCUGAGCCCAUCACCAGAGUGACUUAGUGGUCUGAUCAAUCACUAAUGACUCCCUGUCAUCGUAAAUAUUGACGUAGUAAAGCCCUGCAGGCACAAUAGCUCGUUCUGGUACCACGUUCGUCUUUGCUCGACUGUAACCCGAACCUGUACGCUUGACUGUAACCGAAGCAACUGUAAUGGAACAAAGGCUCAGCCUGCAUCGCACGUCACUAUCUGGGCGACAUAAGUAAACAAUCUCCUGCAACCAA